AUGAAGACGGGGACAAGGAGGUGUGGGGUUGCACAGGAGAGGGAGGAUGCUUGCUUUCUCAACACACUCCUGGCGACGUGGCCCCCGGAACUCGCCACCCACUUUGCAGGGCUCCGCUUCUCCUCGCGGGUCCCCGGCGCCCCCUGGCGGCGGGCUCCGGGGCGGCUUCGCAGAGACACGCUCUCGGGGCUAGGGCGGAGCCUCCCGGGGACACUCGGGCGCAUGCGCGCCCUCCAGCCCCGCGCCACCCGCGCGGGAGGUUGCCAAGGAGGACCGCUCAUUGGACCCGGGCAGAGAAGGCGGGCCCGUCCCAAGCGGCGAUCCGUGGCUGGUCCCGGGCGGGCCCGGGCGGGCGAUCCGAGGCUGCCUGGUGCUGGCUGCAGGGGGCGGCGGGGGCGCCGGGUGGAAGGGGCGGCCAGGGCCCUGCCUGAGGCGAUCGCUGCGGCGAGUCGGGCCCUGCCCGCUGGGCCCAGUCCCGAGAUCUUCCGCCGGGCUAAGUUUGACCGUCCAGAGGCGGCCCCAGCGCUCUGGCAGCUUCUCUUCCGCGUGCUCUCACCGCUUGCUGCAAACCAUGCCUCCACCGACCUUGCACCAGUGUGAUAUCCUGGCCAGCCGUGAAAUUCCUGCACCCCACGUGCAAACAGAGAGACCGGUGGAUCUCCGACUAGUGGAAUGGUUGAUGGGAAAGCUGCGGUUUAGGUGGCGUUGCCUCAUGUCCAGUCAGCAGGAGCAGUGCACCCUCCUCAGCAAGAUCCACCUGUACACCAGUGGGUGUCACAGCCAACAGAGACUUGGCCAUCUUUCUGUUGCCGAAACAGAGAUGCUCAGGGACCCAGAGAACGGUCAGCAGCUUCUGCAGGCACUGGAGAGUGAGAACAUCCGUCUGGAGGCAGCUUUGGAGUGGCGGCGCUGCGAGCUGGUCUUCUGGCAGUGGAUGGAUACAGUUCUGGAUGCCUGUUCGUCGGAGAGUCCCGCUGUGACCUCACAGCCCACAGUGCUGCCCAUGAUCUCUGAACAUGGGCUCCGUGAGCUGGCGCUGGUAAAGCAAGAGUUGCAGGCCCUGCAGGAGGAGCUCCAGGAAGUGGCUGAGCCCCGGCGGGCGGCAUGGGAAGCCCAGGUUGGAGGCAUAGGUCAGCGGCCAGAGUGGAGCACCAUAAGGAAGACCUUGCAGGAAGCGGUCGAAAGGGAGUUGGUGGCCCUGCAGGGUUCCUGGGAGCCAUCCAGUAACCCUGCCCCGCCCCAAAGACCCCAUCGGCUGGUGAGAAGUAAGGACAAGUCACCAGGACCCCAAGGCCUGCAGGCAGCCAAGGUGAUCAGGACACUGAGUGCCCAGGAGGCCUCUCUGAAGAGUGUAUUGCACCAACUACAGAGUCAGUGUCAGCGGGAGCUGGCCAGGCUGGCUGGUGCCCUGCCUGGCUUGAUUUGGAUCAUGGCUCCUGGUCACUGAAGGCCCCAGGAUGUGCCCACUUGUGUAGGGGUCUUUAUAGGGUCUCAGAGGAGCAGACUGGGGCCGGCGUGGGGGCAGAGGUCCAGAGCCCUGUUGGCUGCAGUUUUGGAGUCGCCAUGGGCUAGUCCUCCUGAGAAGUUUGGAGGGGACCUACGCAUGCAUGGUAGAGCUGUCUGUGGGGAUACCAGGCUGCUGCCCUCUUCCACUGUUCCUUUAACGUCCUCUUGUUGGGACACUGGGAUAUUCGUGGUGCAUGGUUGUCACUGUGCUGGAGUCACACAUGCCCCACAGUGCAGGAAGUAUUGUGCCUCCCCUGAGUGGAACAGCUCUAGUUGUUUCCCUGUGCCUCCUACAGCAGAGUCUCUUCCUAUACUGGG